UUCGUUCUACACAAUCUAACUAAAGGAAAGACUAGAGAAGAGAGUAGUGCUGCUGAACACAUAAACCGCCGACUUCAUUCUCGAACUUCCAAGACCUCUUUCUCUGAUUGCCAUGGUGAAAGGAGAAGAUAUAGAGAGGAGGAAGAAGAACAAGGCCAAUCGAAAGAAGCUGAAUCGCAAGGAUUCGUCCUCUUCCGUUUCCGCACGCGUCGCCGCCAUCAUCGCCUCUAAGAAGCGCCGCAAGUCCGGAAAACGCAGACAAUGCCAGGGAAUGUGUUUCAGUCCUCCUACUUUAGAUGAACCCUCCUCCAAAGACAAGCAUGGUAAAAAGGAUCGAGACAGAAAGGGAAGCAAGAAAGAUAUUUCUCACAUAACCGGUAAGAAGGUUUCUUCAAAGGAAUAUAAAGAUGCUUCUUGUAAACCAAUUCUUAGUAAGAAGAAGAAGGAAGCUGGUAAUGAUUUAAAUGGAGAAGUUAAAGCUACAAAUUCAAAGACUCGACUUAAUAGAAAUGGUAGUGUUCAUAAUCACCAAGGAAAGGCAUCUUCAGGUUGUCCUUCUAAGUAUCACAUUAUGUGCUUGAAUGAAAUAGAAAGUGCAUUGCGUCAUGAUGGCACUGACAUUGUUGAUGAGGAUAAGCCUUUUUUUGCUAGUACUUGGGGAAUUGAGUUUUGGAGAUGUUAUUUAGCUGGAAAAGAUGUACUAGAGACUAGUGGAACUUCUUCUACCGUAGAGAAAAUUGCUUGGAUUGUUAGCAGUGCUGCAGACACCAUUUCUAAGAAGGAGGAAGAAGGUGUAUCGUAUGCCAGCCCUUUUCUCUUGUUUCUUGUUCCAUCCCAAGAGAAAGCCACGAAGGUGCGAUCAGUGUGCAAACCUUUGAAAGUUCACGGGAUACAUACAGUGAGUAUCCAUCCUGGUGCUUCCUUAGAUCACCAGAUCCAAGGUUUGAAGAAUUGUGAACCCGAGUUUCUAAUUUCAACCCCCGAGAGACUUUUGGAGCUUAUUUCUUUAAAGGCUGUUGAUAUUUCCGGGGUUUCUUUACUGGUUAUCGAUGGACUAGAAGCCCAUUGCAGAAACGGCUAUGUUGAUAGUAUUGCAGCUAUUACAAAAUCUUUAUCUGGGAACGCUCGCCGCUUGGUUUUUAAUGAUUGUGUUAGUUCUUCACAUGCUGCUGUUCUGCAAAAGCUCAUUACAGGACCAGUCCAUAGAUUAUCUCUAAAUGAUUCUCAUAAAGUGCAUGCCUUAUCUAGUUUUUAACACAAAAAUUGUUAAAAGAGACUGAUGUUUUUGUCUUGGUUACUUGUCCAGUGUUGAAUUUGACGAGAUGGGAUGAAGCGGAUGGACGGAGGGUCACCUUAGUUUCCUUGGCCCAAAUGCUUUCAACUGAUUUAGGAGAUUACCAAUUUGUAAUGUUGUACUCAAUUUUGUUUUCUGGAUGAACAGUGCUUAUUUUCUCAAUGCUCUAUUUAUUUUGAAGAAAGAAAGAAAAGAAAAAUCAGCACAAAUGGUGUAUACGUGGAUAGUCCCAAUUUUGUUUUGUUUAUUUAUCACAUAAUUAUAUUUUUAUUAAUCAAAGAUCACUUUGGUGCUA